GUUCCCCCAAAAGCUUCCUCCGCCACCACCCUCCAUCCCCCGCCCCGGCCCCGGGGACAUUUCUUUAGGCCUCUUUUCGGGUCUCCCGGAAGAGCCACCCGCAGAUGCUCACAGACGCUUCUGGAGAAAGGGAAGCGAUCUUGUGUGACUGCGCGAGCGCCCCGGGGCGGGUCCUGGCAGGGAACCCACUCCUGGGCUUGGCUGGAGGGGAGGGAGGGGACAGGCGGGGCUGUCACUUCUCCUCGAAUGUGUGACCGGCUCUGCUGGCUGUUUGAGAGGCUCCUUCACUUCGGCGAUUGCUCCCCAGCCAUGUCCGGGAUCUGGGUCCUCCUGCUUCUGAUAUUUGCCUCCAUGGCUGGACCAUCGUCUAAAGGUGAUAAUGCCCAAGUGACUGAAAUCGACUCUGAGAUGCUGAAAUUGAGUAAGAAUAUUACCGAAAGGGAGGCUGAGUGCCCUGAAGGCCAGCUUCGUGAGCAUGCAUAUUGCUGUCAGCCAUGUCCUCCUGGCAAACGGAAAGAUGGUGAAUGUACAAGCCCUGGGGGUGAAUCAAAAUGUGUGCUCUGCUCAGAGCGGGAGGAGUACACAGACAAGAGCCAUCAUUCUCAUAGAUGCAGAAGAUGUAGCGUUUGUGAUGGAGAACACGGCCUAGAAGUGGAAAAAAACUGUACCCGGACCCAGAAUACCAAGUGCAGAUGUAAACCAAACUUUUUUUGUAACACUCCUCUAUGCGAACACUGUAACCCUUGCACCACGUGUGAAGAUGGAAUCAUUGAGAACUGCACACCAACCAGCAACACCAAAUGCCAAGGACCCAGAUCAUACUUACACGGCUUGUGGGCCCUCCUGAUCCUCAUUCCAAUAUCUGCACUGAUAUACAGGCAGGUGAAAAGAUGGCGCAGGAGUAAAGGGAAUGGAGACCGGAAAUCUAUAGCCUCACAUACUGAAAUAAUGCCAAUGAAUUUGACAGACAUUGACUUGAGUAAAUAUAUCACUACUAUUGCUGGACAGAUGAAAAUAACUGAAGUCAAAGAAUUCGUUCGGAAGAAUGGUAUCCAUGAAGCCAAAAUAGACGAGAUUAAGAAUGACCAUCUCCAUGACACAGCUGAACAGAAGGUCCAGCUGCUCCGUUACUGGUAUCAACAUCAUGGGAAGAGAGGCGCAUACAGCACUUUGAUUAACGGUCUCAGGAAAACCAAUCUUUGUGCUCUUGCAGACAAAAUUGAAGACAUAGUCCAGAAAGAUGUUACGAGUGAACAUGAAAAUGCAGACUUUCAAAAUGAAAAUGAAAUCGUGGCCUAAAGUGAACAGCACUAACUCAGUUCUGAGAAUGUACUAAGCAAUAGAAAGAUUGAUGUUCGAGUAAGUUCUUAAGAGCUGCAGGCUAUAAAUAUUGCUUGGGCUCUUUACUGGGUGUGUUUCCUCUUCUCAUUUAUUAGAUUUGUAAAGCUUAUAUAUUUACAGGCUUUGAGCGUCUCAUGGUCCUACCUUUAAGGAUGUUUAAAAUCUAGUUGGGAAGAUGGACACGGUUAAGAGUAAAUACAAUGGUGUGUUACGUAUGCGAGUAGGUGUGUAUGCAAAGGACAAAAGGUUGAGAUCGUGCUCAAGUAUCAAAUGUAUAAUUCAGUAGUAAGAAUGUAAUUAAUGUGUGUGAAUACAAAUGCCUAUCCACAGGCUGACCCCCUUCCAUCAAUUAGCAGAUGGCCUCUUUUGUUGCAAUGUCACAACCACUGCCUCUAAAUUACUUCCCCAGCUCCACUGAUAAUUCUAGAGAUUUUACCCUAUUUUUUUUAUAAACUUUGUUUACAGCUCUCAGAGGAGCCUAUUCGGGGACAGCUUGCAUACACAUCUGAGUGCAGACUUUAAUAAGGUACUACCUCAAAGAUCUUUGCACGGCUUAUUGGCAUUUCAUUGUGAAAUAUUUCAAUUUUGAAUUCACAUAGAAAAGGCAAACUAAUUAUAAUGCUUGAAUAUACUUGUUUGCCAUUUUACUGGGUUGAAAUAAUCUACUGCUUUCUCAGAUGUCAAAACAUUUUGAUCAGGAAAGAAUUACGAGAGCAUCACCACCUCUGUAUUUUCUCCUUGAUGUGCAUCUCGGUGGCCUACGCACUCCCAUUCCUGGAAGUACUGCCUCAGAAACAGGUGACUCACAAAAAGCUGGGGCCGCCCUUAGAAACGUCUAGCUUGGUUCUGAGAGACUAAGGGCGCUUACAGAAGGUAGACAUGGGCAGACCCAAGUCUACCACCAAAGCUGGUAAGGUAGAUUUGAAUUUUGCCCUGCCCCCCACAAAAUGUUCAGUAACCACCCCCACCGUGUACUCUCUCUUGCUGCAAAAACAGCUUAUACAAGGCAAAAGUGAAAGCAUACCAGGUUUUAGGCACUGCUGUGAUUUCCCGCAGCUUCUUAGACAAACAAGCUCUUCCCCUCGCUACCACGUCCUGACUUUUACAUUUAAACACUUAUGAAAGUUUGUAUUAAAUGUGAAUUUAAAUAAAUACUAUUUAUAUUUGUAUAGUUGUAAACUGAAAAUAGGCAGAAGCUGAAGAAGAUACUUAGGACUUCCUAAAGAGCAUCCAUUGAUAGAAGAUUCUCUCCUCUUGUUUGUACAUAUAGAAUAUAGGUAAAAAAUAUUUAAUUAAAAUCAUGUUUUUGGAAUUUCUGGUUAUCUCUUUUUUUUUUUGGUGGGGGCUUGCUUUUUGUUUUUGUUUUCCUUCAUUUCUAACUAUUGCUAAAUGUAACCUGUUUAUAAAGCUUUAAUCCUUUCUUUGGUCUCUCAGGAGUUAUUGCCAUUUUAAAGCCAUUUUAGUAGUUAAAUAAUUCCCUGUUACUCCCAAGAAUACCCCUCCCAAACAAUGCCUAAUUAUUUAUUAUGUGAAGAUUUACUACGACAGGAUUACAUAUCAGGCACUGGAAGUGUGGAUAAGAAAGUAAAUAUUUCAAAGGGUUGGUUUUGUUGGUAAGAAAGCUAAAUGGAUAUUUUGAAAUAUUCUUUCAUGCAUACUUCCCA